GAUGGAUUUCACAGGAUAAUUCAGACUUGAUGAAGACUCGAUGGCAAUUAAUAUCUUCCAAACACCAAUUAAAGGAUUAGUCUAAGGUAUGUUUAAAUUUUCCAUCUCCAUUUCGUAUAAUAUAUUACAUGUUAUGGCGGAAUAUUUUCGCGCUUAUACUUCAAUUUUGUGACAAAAAAAUAUAUUUUUAGAUUCAGAGGCUAAUUGCAAUUCAUAAGCAAACACAAACAAGAAAUUAUUUGUUUAGACUUAACCUUUCGAUAAACCAAAGAUUCAAUCAGAUCUUAUAAAAACAUAGAAGAAGUGGAGUCUAAAAUAUAUCAGUAAUCGAGUUAUGAAAGAAUUAUCUCAUGAAGCAAUUGCAUAUAGUGAUAUUUGUUAAUAAUUGACUGAUGAAAUGAUUUAUGAUUUAGAUGGAUAAUAAAAUGAUAGAUAGAAAGAAAUAAAAAAUCUUAGAAGAAGAGUCUAUGAUGCUUUAAAUGUUAUGAUUUCAAUUGGAAUAGUAGUUAAAGAGAAUAAAUUGAUGAGAAAGAAUGCUGAAACCUAAGUUAAUCUAACAAAGUAGAAUUUGAUAAUUAGAAAAGUAAUAAAUUAAAAUUAAUUUUAACAGCAAAAAUUAAAAGAAUAAUUAUAAAUCAAAAAAGCUUCAGCAACAACUUAAAUUAAACAAUAAGAAAGCCUUAAAAAAUUAGUAGAAUUGAAUAAAAUGAGAGAUGUAGAUGAAAAUGAAAAGAUCAGAUUUCCAUUCAUUCUUGUCAAAACCUAAUUAAAUAAUAUUGAUGAAGUAUAUUAUCUUAAUAUCAUUUAAAUAGGAUGAAUUAGUACUAGAAUAAAAUAAAUAGAUGGACUAUUUAAAAGUAUUUAGUAAAAACUCACUUGAUCUCUAAUUAGAUCUAUCUGUAGUACAAAAACUAUUUCAAAGUGAACACAUGAUUUUGUGA